GGCUUCCUAGUGUGUGCCUCGCACAGUAUCGAUCUUCUCCACUAGUAAUAUCUCAUGAUCUAAAUCCAAACCGGUGUCAUACUUAGGUGUUGGUGCUUCACCAAACCCCGGCGACCAAGACCAGACUGAAUCAAUCACCCGGGUACGCAUGGAUAGCAGCAGCUGGUUCCAUGGAGACGCCGCCAACAGCGGCGGCGCUGGCGGCAACAUCGGCUACAUGUGCGGCUACGCCGCCAGCUACGCCCUUUCAGCGUCGCAGUACAGGGAGGAGGAGCAGCUGCAUGAAAUGCUCCUCAACUCACAGAUUCAGCAACACCUCGACCAGAUCAGGAUGGAAAUGAACUUGGACGACGUCGAGGCAGCUACGUACGGCGGCGCCGCCCAUUCCGGUGAUAUCAGCACCGUCAUGGACGACUUCGACUUUCUCUCUUCGCACCACGCCGCCGCUGCCUGCAGCUUUCCCUCCUCCUCUUCAGCCUCCACCUCCUUCCGCUCCGCCUCGCUAUCCUGCAGCCCGGAGAUCAGCUCCACGGCGCCGGACGUCCUCUCGGCCCCGCAGAUGAGCCUCCAAUUCCCCGAGGUGUCCUCAUUCGUGGCACCCGCCGGAGUGGUGCUCCCUUACGACGACCAGUACGUUGCCAGCUUCCACGACACGCCGGCCGGAAUGGCGCCUAGUGGGAUGUCGACGAGGGCGAGCGCGUUCAGGCGCUACGAGCAGCACCUCUCCCCCCGGAGGAGGCUGACAAAGCCGGCAUGCGGGCAGAGGAUGUUCAAGACGGCCAUGUCAGCCCUUGAAAAGAUGCACACGGCGAUGAAGUACAGCCAGCAGCAACAGAAUCAGCAGUACUAUUACCAGCAGCCGCAGGAGCAGAUGUUGGCUGCCGAAUCGUCGGGAAACCAGCUACAGCACAUGAUAUCCGAACGUAAGCGCCGGGAGAAGCUCAACGACAGCUUCCACGCCCUCAAGACCGUCCUCCCUCCCGGCUCCAAGAAGGACAAGACCUCGAUACUGAUCAUUGCGAGGGAGUACCUGACUUCUCUCAAGUCCAAGGUCUCCGAGCUUGAGGAGAAGAACCAAGCACUCCAGGCGCAGCUGGCCCAGCGCGUUACCAGCGGCGCCAGCGCCGACGAAGACAAGACCGAGGCCGGUGAGCAUGUCGAGAUCCAGAUAACGACGGCGGAGGGUGAUCAGAGUGGGGAGAUUUGCACCGUGAAGAUCGGGAUGUGGCCGGCGCGCAGCAACACGACGGACACGGUGGUCAGGACGCUGCAGUGUCUGAAAGAGCAGAUCGGGGAAGACGUCAGCCUGAUGUCCAUGAGAAUCGACGACGGGCCUCAUCGAGCAAUCCUGACAUUGCACCUCAAGUUGGCGUCGGGUGCGAAGUGGGAGGAGGAGACGGUCAGGGAAGUUGUGACCAAGGCCGUCACUGGCACACCAGCGCCGUAAUCCAUGGAUACGCCGUCUGCCGUGCACCGUGGAGAUGCUGGCGACGGCCCGUAGCCGUCGGCACUGAAUGAUAAAGCUUCUCAUGGACGAUCGUGAUGAGCACGUCGUCAUCGUGUUUCUCUUCCAUGCUUGAGGAGUCAGGAGACAACUACACGGAAAAAGUGAUAUGCCGACGACCAUGAGCUAUGCUGACGGCUAUUUAUCGGGAUCGUCGGUGUAGGCUCAGGAUGGCUACGGACGGCACAAAACCGUCGGCAUAGCUGGAGCUAAGCCCAGAGCACAAUCAGGCCGUAGGCAUCAAUGGAGCUAUGUCGAUGGUGGCCCUCGGUAUAGCUCGGCUGUCAACAUAGAUCGUAGACACGUGGCGUUGGUGACCAACUGUUGACAAACGCAUGACGGUACAGGGCUAUGCCGACAACAAUGCCGUUGGCAUAGAUCCUUUACCUUUUUGUGCAUAAAAUCUUUUAUUCCCUAUGUAUGAUUUAGUUAUGUUUGCAUUUGAUUUUUUUGGUUGCAU